GUUUGUAUUUUGAAACAUUGAAGUGUAAUUCGAAAUAAAAAUGAGUUUUUACAAUAAAGUGAUAUUAAUUACUGGCGCUGGAUCAGGUAUUGGAGCUGCAACUGCGGUAGCGUUCGCAAAACAAUCUGCUAUAGUCUCAAUAGUCGAUAUCAAUGAACAAGAUUUGAAUAAAACUGCUGAAGUUUGUAAAACUAAUAACAAAGAAGUAUUAAAAAUUGUAGCAGAUUUAACAAGAGAUGAAGAUAUUAAACGAAUUGUUGAUGAUACCAUAGCAAAGUUUGGGAAAUUAGAUGUACUCGUAAACUGUGCCGGUAUGUACACUCCUGCAAAAAUUGAAAGUAAUAAUUUAAUGAAAAUAUACGAUCGAAUUCUUGCAGUUAAUUUAAGAUCUAUCGUAGCAUUGACUAAUUAUGCUGUUAAACAUUUAAUCGAAGCUAAAGGUUCCAUAGUUAGCAUAUGCAGUGUGUCAGCUAAGCUUGUAACAAAGAACAAUCUGCCGUAUAGCAUUUCAAAAGCGGGAUUGAUGCAUUUUACUAAAUGUGCAGCAAUAGAAUUAGCAGAAAAAGGUGUUAGAGUAAAUUCAAUAUCACCUGGAGUUGUUAAAACUAACAUUUUUCAGAGUUCUGGUUUCAAUGAGACAGAAAUCAAAAUGUGUAUAAAUACAUGUAUUGAUAAUACACCUUUAGGAGCUAUGAUACAGCCGGAAGAAAUAGCAGAUGUGGUACUGUUUCUCUCAAGUGAUAAGGCAAAGAAUAUUACUGGUUCGGAUUAUUUAAUCGAUGGUGGAAUGCUGUUGAAUGGAUUGGUUAUAAUUGGCUAA